CUAGCCACACCAUGUGUGUAUCCUGUGCAUAUGAAUAAAUUUGAACGUAAACUUAAAAUGUCCAGUAGAUGGAGGACGUCUACCAUCUAUCAAAAAAUAGUUGACCAAACUUUCUGACAGAGCAAUAGUUCACACACACCGGAAGGUGAAUUACACAGGGAAAGAAAAAAAACGAGUCACAGUUGUUACCAGCAACUCAAGGAGCGUACGUUUGUCGCCUGGGAAAUGUUCCUGUACAUUCUUGGACUGGUGGCUUUUUGGUUUGUGUUCCGCUGGUACAGGGAACUCGCAAGAGUACCCAAUAAAGGACAGAAAUAUGUCUACAUCACUGGCUGUGAUUCUGGGUUCGGGAACCUUCUGGCCAGACAUCUGGACAAGCUGGGCUUCCGUGUAAUUGCAGCCUGCUACACUGAGAAGGGGGAGGAUGAACUGAAGAAGGUCUCUACUGAACGAUUGAACACAGUCCACCUGGAUGUCGUCAGCACUGACAGUGUCAGCAAAGCAACAGCAUUCAUCAAAACCUUGGUUGGGGAGAAGGGUCUGUGGGCUGUGGUGAACAAUGCUGGAGUCUCUGUACCAUCUGGUCCCUGUGAUUGGAUGACUGUCGACGACUACAAGUCCAUGUUGGAUGUUAACCUUAUUGGAGUCAUUGGUGUGACUCUGAGUGUCCUGCCCCUCAUCAAGAAGGCCAGGGGCAGGGUGGUGAAUGUGGCCAGUGUGUUUGGGAGGAUAAGCGCCUUCGGGGGUCCCUACUGUGUGUCAAAAUAUGGAGUGGAGGCUUUCAAUGAUAGUCUACGGAUGAACAUGUCGUUUUUUGGAGUUAAAGUCCUGUGUCUGGAACCAGGAUUUUUCAAAACAAGUGUGACUGAUCUACAUCUCCUGAGAAAAAAUGUGAGGACAUUGUGGGACAAAUUGCCUGAAGAAAUCAAGGAUCAAUAUGGACAUGAUUACCCAGAGAGAGAAUGACAAACACUCCAAGAACGAAUUGACAAGGAUUACCCAGAGCAAGUGAACUGAGCAGUCAGGCAAGUUCAACCUGCCUGCCUUUGACCUAGACCUCAAACAGUCAGACAUACAAUUUCUUCAUUGUGUUCCAAGAUGUCGAAAUCAGCUUGUUGAUGGAGGCAAAUCCUUUCUUCCAGCAAAUGUUACAUUGGAGAAGAAUGUUGCGACGUUGCUGGAUGGGGACCUGAUGAAGGUUGUGAGCUGCAUGGAGCACGCCAUCUCUGCUGUCCACCCUCGUACCCGCUACUCACCUGGCUGGGAUGCCAAGUUCUUAUGGUUGCCUAUGUCCUACCUGCCAACGUGGAUCGCAGACAAAAUGCUCUUAAAAGAUAUGGCCAAACCAACAGGAUCUAUUCUUUAAUGUUAAUGGUUCUCUGACCGAAUGUAGGAGGAAGUCUUUAUUUACACCCACAGGAGAAGAAGAAAAAUGUAAUUGGAAAAAGUGUAUAGCAUGGGAUUCAACCAAUGAAUGGGGAAAAAAAAGAACAGUAAUUUGUUUUCAAACUUAAACAGAGUUGUGAAUUGCAUUUUGUCUAAUCACAUUUGGAUUUGUCCUGUCUGUUUCCCUGGUCUGAUAAUAAAACCAAUGGAGAGAUUUUCAGUAAUUCAAAUGAA